CUUGGACUCGCCCUCGGAGGGAAACGCGUCCGCAAGAUCUCUGGCUGCAGAUUCUAGGGCCCUCUUCGUGGGUGCCUGGCAUAGCUGUAGAUUGCCCUGGAUGGCGACCUGCAUCUGACAGUCCCAUCAGCUCUUCUCAGCUGUCCUGAGGCCGCAGCUGUCAGCUCCCCUGACCUUCAGCACUUGCCUGGACCACCUGGGGUUUUCCGCGCCCCUCUCCAGCCCAUCUCUGUCCUCUUGUGUCCUAAGCAUCGCUUCUGACCACCCUCCCCUCCCAUGCCAUCUCCUCCUCCCUUUUCCCCUUCUUUGUAGUAGUUGGUGCAGCAUUCCCAGCAUGCUUCGUGGCUGGCGCGGGUGGCAGGGUCCUCUACAUCCCAUCUGAGCUGCAGCCAAUUAUGCCAGUGCACACCCUUGGCGGGAGAUUGACUGGGCCUCUCCUGGGGCUGCAUAUGCCCCCCUAGUGGACCCCUGGAUUGAACAGCCCUGCUGUGGGGACUGUGUGUGUGUGCGCACAACCAUGGAGCAGAAGAGCACAGAUGGUGAGGCCACAGAAAGGGGUCUCCUUGCUGUGCACAUGCCUAGCCCAUGACCCCUCAGGGUAGACUUCCACUGGGUGCCAGGCUCAGACCCAGGCACCUUUGAUGGCUCCCCAUUGCUGCUGGACCGCUUUUUGGCUCAGCUCAGUGAUUACAUGUCUUCCCGCUUCGAGUACUACCAGGACAACCUCAGCCAUGUCUGUGAGGUCCUCGGGCACCUGACAGGCUGAGCUCGGGCAUGGACAGCCCCCUACCUUGACAGGGACCUACCCCUGCCUGAUGAUUAUGAGCGCUUUUGCCAGGAUCUCAAGAGGGUCAUUCAGGACCCAAACAGUUUUGCUGAGUACCAUGCUGCAGUGCCCUGCUCCUUUCCUCCCACCUCGAGCCAGCCUCCAGUGGCCCCACAGCUGCCCGUGGUGAAGUAGUGCUUAGCUAGGUUCUCAGACACCCUGGCACUCAACAUGGGCUCUACCCCCAGGCCUGUCCCAGCCACUCUGGCCAUACCUGCUGUUCCUAGUUCUGACUCUGCAUUCAGAAAUGCUCUGCCUGAGCAGCAGCUGGCCAAGGAAAGCAGCCCUGGGCCCGUUGAGCCUCCUGCCUUGUCCACUUCUGCCUGGAGCACCAAACCUGGUCUGGUGGGGCCAGCCUCCUCCCAGUCAAGGGAGGGGGCACCCAAAUCUGUCCUUGUACUUCCAGAAUCUGCUAACCCCCCUGCCCUGAAACUAGAUCUAGCUCUCCCAGUGAGUCCAGAACCCCAGAAGACAGAGGAGGAGGUUUCUGAGGAAGAGGGAGACCAGGAGGCAUCUUUAGGUGACCCACAGGGCGCAGUGGAGACCCCAGGAGAGCCGCCAUUUUCUCCUGCUCUCUAUCCUGCACCCUGGAUUCUAAACAGGGUUCAGGCAGCUGCAGCAGUGGCCCUCAUGGUGAAGUGGCCUGUGUAGUAGCCAAGGAGCUCCACAGCCUCCUAUCAGGAUGAAGUGGCAUUGCCAGGUGACUUCAGACAUAGUGCUGCCAUGUGUUACGCUGUCCACUUGCCCCCUUGCCAAGCAGGAGGUGCACCUGUUUGGACUCUGCCUUGUCUGACUAUAAACAACCCCCUCGCCCACCACAGAACAUUGGCCUCUGCCCUGUACUCAUUCUGUGACUUCCCUGGUGGCCCAGAGGCUACUCUGUGCUAAGCUCGGUAGCAUCCCCAUAGCGGCCCUGGGAGGGCCGUCUCUCCAGGGCUUGCUCCUUCUACUUGGGCAGAGUUCUGUAGGUCGGUCCCCAUCAGACAUCUGCACUGUCUUUGUAAGCCCUACCUGCCCAAGUAGACACAAACUACCACCCUCCCUCAAAUCCUGGCUGCAACUGGACUGGGUCUGUCAUGCCAGCCCAGUUUGGAUCUGGUCCCUGGGUGGUCUUUGCUUUGACCCCUUGCCCCACAAUCUGCUUUCUGUGGCCUGCCCUCUGGGCAGGAAUUGAAGGAAGGUUGCUUGGAGGAAGUGGCCACUCAUCGUUGAGUGUGAGUCGGAUGGUGUCGGUGGAGGAAGAUGCUUCUCUGUGGGUUUGUCAGCAGCCCUGGUCAGCUGGGAAGGCUCAGUGCAGGAAGGGGAGAUGCAGGCCACCUUUUAAUCUCAAAUGCAUUCCAGGCAUUUUCUCCCUCUGUAUGUUAACAUUCUAGUCACCUGGCUUUCUUGGAUUUUUCUUUCAGUGCCUUUACCCCUGCUGCCCUCCCACUGUUCAACAGCCCCUGUUUUCUUGCCCACUCUUAAACAUUGCUUAUUCAGCACCUAAUUCCCCACACAACUUGUACCUUGGGGUUAACUGUGAGCCUUUAGGGCAGGGGCUCCAUCUUAGCUUGUGCCCCUGGUACACAGCCAGUGCUCAUUAAAUGUGCAUUGGAUCAGUA